AUGUCGAAAUCACCCUUCUACUCCAUACUUCUUCCGACUUAUAAUGAACGAGACAAUUUACCUGUUGUUGUUGCUAUGAUAGAACAAUACUUACGUGAUAUUCCACAUGAAAUCAUUAUUAUCGAUGAUAACUCACCUGAUGGAACACAGGAAGUCGCUACUGCUCUACAACAUCAGUUAGGCCCUGAACGCAUCAUUCUCAAGCCACGUUCGGGCAAACUGGGCUUAGGCUCUGCUUAUGUCCACGGCUCGCAAUACGCACGCGGCGAUUUCCUGAUCAUAAUGGAUGUCGAUUUAUCCCACCAUCCACGGUACAUUCCAACAUUUAUCGAAAGACAACGCGAAGGUGAUUAUGACAUUGUAACCGGUAGUCGUUAUUUGCCAGGUGGUGGCGUUGCCGGAUGGAAUCUUAAACGUAAGAUCAUCUCUUGUGGUGCAAACUAUUUAACUCAAUUACUUCUUCGCCCACCGAUAUCUGACGUCACUGGUUCGUUUCGUUUAUAUCGCAAAUCUCAUUUCGAUCGGUUAGUUAGUCAGUGCACCUCGAAAGGAUACGUUUUUCAAAUGGAAAUGAUUGUUCGCGCUGUGAAUGCGAACUUACGCAUCGCUGAAGUUCCGAUUAUUUUCGUGGAUCGAAUUUACGGUGAAUCGAAAUUGGGUGGACAAGAGAUCGUCUUAUUUGCCAAGGGUGUCUUGCAAUUAACAUUUUUGGAAUGA